AUGAUUUCUGUUUACUAAGGAACUCCCUCUGGUUUCGAAGGAACCAUUUGUUUAAACCUCAAACACACGUUUCUUCUCUUCAAACAGGCUGGGAUCUUGGAUGGAGUGAGUGUUGAGCCCCAAUGAGAUGACUGACCAGGGCAACAACAACCAGAACAUCUCCUGCAACCCCUUCGCUGCCCUCUUCAGCUCACUGGCUGAUGCUAAACAGUUUGCAUCAGGCCAGAAACCGGAACAGCAGUCCGCUGAACCACCACUGGAGGACUCGGGGGAGAGCCAAUCGGACUCAGAAAACUCUGUGUCAGACAGCGUUGAUGAAAAUGACGACUCUGUGGCAGAGAUCAGUCGCUCAUUCCGGUCCCGCCAGGAGCUAUGUGAACAGCUCAAUGUCAAUCACAUGAUCCAGCGCAUAUUUCUCAUCACUCUGGACAACAGUGAUCCCAGUCUGAGAGGAGGUAAUGGGAUCCCCCCUCGCUGUGUAUACCUGGAGGAGAUGGCUGCAGAUCUGGAUGGACAGGACUGGCUGGACAUGGACAACAUAGAGCAGGCUCUGUUUAACCGCCUGCUGCUGCUAGAGCCAGGAAACCACCUCAUCUACAUGACGUCAUGCAGUGCCGUGAAUCUCUCUGCUGACCGUGACGCUGGAGAGAAAUGUGCCAUCCCUUACCUUUUUGCUUGUUACCAGAGAGCCAAAGAAGAGGUGACGAAGGUUCCAGAGAAGUUACUCUCGUUUGCUGUUCGUUGUAAGAAUCUGACUGUUUCUAACACACGGACAGUUCUGCUCACCCCAGAGAUCUACAUCAGCCAGAAUAUCUACGAGCAACUCUUUGACCUGCUGCUGGAAGCUUUCAAUGGAGCCCAGCCAGAAGAGGUGGUUGAGUUUGUGGAGGAGGCAAUUGCUGGCCUGCUCUCUGACCAGGAGGUGCGGACCUUCGAGGAGGUGAUAGUACCAGUGUUUGAUAUUUUCCAGGGACGCAUCAAAGACAUGGACCUCUGUCAGCCUCUCCUCUACUCCUACUUAGAUGUUCUCCUGUACUUCAGCCACCAUAAAGAUAUUGCUAAGGUACUGAUGGAAUACAUCCAGCCCAAAGAUCCAGCCAAUGGUUUGCAGUACCAGAAGAGUCUAUUGGGGGCAGUGCUAAGUAUAUCCUGCUUGUUAAAAACCCCAGGUGUGGUGGAGGGACAUGGCUAUUUCCUGAACCCCUCCCGCUCUAGUGCCCAGGAGACAAAGGUCCAGGAGGCCAACAUCCACCAGUUUAUGGGCCAGUUUCAUGACAAGCUGCACCAAAUAUUGAAAAACUUGCUCCAGAGAUCUGGUGAGACGCGUCACCUCCUGCUCUCAUGGCUGGGCAACUGUCUGCAGGCUAAUGCUGGACGGGCAAAGAUAUGGGCCAACCAGAUGCCAGAGAUCUUCUUCCAGAUGUAUGCUUCAGAUGCAUUCUUUUUAAACUUGGGUGCUGCUCUCCUGAAGCUGUGCCAGCCUUUCUGCAGGCCUCGUUCGCCCAAACUGCUCACCUUCAACCCCACCUACUGCAGCCUCAAAGAGCUGAGCGAAGAAGAGAGGCGCAAUCGCAAUGUGCACGCAAAAGGUCUCGACAAGGAAACCUGUCUGAUCCCUCUGCCCCCUCAACAGCCGGUGGAGUCGGCACAGUCCUACAGCCUGCUGACUGAAAACCUCAUCCUCACACAACUCACACAGCAUCUAGGCUUCCACAGACUCCAUGAGCAGAUGGUGAAGAUGAACCAGUCUCUCCACCGGCUCAAGGUGACAUGGCAGGAGGCCCAGCGGACUGGCAACCCGAUGUCAGAGCAGCUCCUUGAGCAGUUUGAGCGUCUGAUGAUUGUGUAUCUGUCAACCAAAGCUGCCACGACGCAGCCUGCUAUGCUGCAAUGCUGCCUUAAUCUCCAAGCUUCCACCGCUGCUCUGCUGGUUCAGCUUGGAAUGGGAAACCAGGGGCCUGAACAUGUAGCACUCAGUUUCCCCCUGCCCUCAAUGCAGAAUACUGUGCUCUGCUACGUACCAGAGUUUUUUGCAGAAAACUUGGGAGAUUUUUUCAUCUUUCUGCGGCGAUUUGCAGACGAUGUUUUGGAGACUUCUGCAGAAAGUCUGGAGCAGAUUCUCAACUUCAUCACUGUCUUCAUGGGUAAUGUGGAAAGGAUGAAGAACCCACACUUAAGAGCAAAGCUUGCGGAGGUCUUAGAGGCGGUGAUGCCACACAUGGAGCCUGUGUCUCCUAGUGCUGCUCAGCCAAUCCUGUUCCAGCGAGAGAGAGUCUUCUGUUCCUACAAAUAUGCACCUCAGCUGGCCGAGGCCCUCAUCACUGUGUUUGUAGACAUUGAAUUCACAGGUGAUCCUCAUCAGUUUGAGCAGAAAUUCAACUACAGAAGGCCCAUGUAUCCCAUCCUCAAGUACAUGUGGGGCAAAGAUAGCUAUAGAGAGAGCAUCAAGCAUUUAGCCGACUAUGCAUCUGAGAACCUGGAGGCCAUGAACCCCCCUCUGUUCCUAAGGUUCCUAAACUUACUGAUGAAUGAUGCCAUCUUCCUGCUAGAUGAGGCUAUUCAGUACCUGAGUAAAAUCAAAGUUCUGCAGCUGGAGCGGGAUCGAGGGGAGUGGGAAGGCCUGGCCCCCGAUGCUAGAAGAGAGAAAGAGUCAAGCCUGCAGAUGUUUGGACAGCUGGGACGCUUCCACAACAUCAUGUCCAAUGAGACCAUCGGCACACUGGCCUUUCUCACCUCAGAUAUCAAGGGGAUAUUUGUGCACCCCUUCCUGGCUGAGAGGAUCAUUUCCAUGCUGAACUACUUCCUCCAGCACCUGGUGGGUCCUAAGAUGGGCGCCCUUAAAGUCAAGGACUUCAGUGAGUUCGACUUCAAGCCCCAGCAGCUUGUUUCUGAUAUCUGCACCAUCUACCUGAACCUGGGUGAUGAGGAGAAUUUCUGUGCUACAGUCCCAAAGGAUGGCCGGUCGUACUCUCCUACCCUCUUUUCACAGACUGUUAGGGUACUGAAGAAGAUCAACAAACCUGGUGAAAUGAUUGUUGGUUUUGGACUUAUUGCUGAUAAAAUAAAGUCCCAUGCAGACAGGCAGCAGCAGGAAGAGGAGACCUAUUCAGAUGCUCCAGAUGAGUUCUUAGACCCCAUCAUGUCCACUCUGAUGCUGGAUCCUGUUCUUCUCCCCUCAUCCAACGUAACAGUUGAUCGCUCAACUAUAGCAAGGCAUCUCCUUAGUGACCAGACAGACCCUUUCAACCGCAGUCCUCUAACCAUGGACCAGAUCAGGCCAAACGAGGAACUCAAACAGCAGAUUUUACAGUGGCUGGAUAAGCAUAAGCAGGAGAGGCUGCAGCUGGGACCCAGUGGCUAGCUGUGAUCCCUAGCUGUGACAAACAAUGACUGCAUCCUUCUUUUCUUUCCUGGCCCACAUCUCAUGUGCUCCUCUGCUUUCUUGGCUAAUCCACUGUGUGCUCUCCUCUGUGGAGUUUUUCUGAAUCCUCCAAUCCCACUAAUGUUGCAUUAGGCUUUUCAUGCAGCCUUCAUCCUCAGUGGAUUCUCUCUGUGACAACAGUCCAGACAAACUGUAGCGCACAAGUUGGUGGUAACUUCAGAAUCCAUGCACAGCAGCUGACUCCAUUGACUCCAAACAUUAGCUGGGGUGAUAUCACCUCUGGUUCCUUUCCCUCCUGAACACUGUGUAUUGAUUAGUUAUUAUUACAGUAAGAGCUGUGGCCAGACGUAUCAGAUUCAACAAAACUUGUUGAAGGUACUGAAUGAACUCCUGCCUGAGCAGCUGGCCAAAACAAGGUUUUAUACUGCAAGGUGAGUAUUUUUGGGAUCUCAUGAGGCAGAAGAUGGCUGGAGUCAUAUAUGAUUUAACCUUGAUUUCACCUUCAUGAAGAAUACAUGAUACACUGCCUUUCAAAGGUUUUGAACACCCUAUAUUUUAGCAGUUUUGGUUUAAUCUUAAGCAGCAAUAAAAAUAGAAUUAGUCACUAAAAUUAAAGUAAAGUAAGUACUUUAAAAAAAAAAACUGAAUUCUGUGGGACAUAAUUUAUCGAAAAAUAACCUAUAUUUAUCUAAACCUAACCAAACCUGUAACACAAAAAAAUUUGUAUUUGAACAUGUAUACAUGUAGGUAUUUAAUUUUUCAGGUGCACCUGCACUGUCUUAGUGAGGAUGUGAGAGUUUGAACAUUUGAGGGUGAGGUUGAACAUUUCAUUUACUGUACAAUAAUUAUUCUAAUUUGAUCAAUACUUUAGGAUGUAGCACAUGUAAAACACUCUACCCAAGUUCUCCAGAAUGGAAAAUAAAAUUGCUUAAUUGUUGAACAAAGAUAUACAUAUGGCACAGAUGUUCACUUCCCUAAAGCAAUUUUACAUCCUCGUAAAAAACUAUUUUGCUUAUUUGAAAGAGUAAUGGCUUUUAUUUGCUGUUGGAUAAUAGUGAGAGGAUAAGAUAUAUUUUAGCACAGCAGGUUUGAGAAUGGAAAAAGUUCUAGAUCACGCUGACAUCAAUAUGGACCUUGGUUAACUAAUCAUUAUGCACUGAAUACCACUGUGUAAAUGGAAUUUGUGUGCAAUUUUCACUGCAACAACAUGGUGGUGAUUCUGGAAAUGUCACUGAAUUUCUCCUAUAAAUCUGAGGUGAAAGGUUAGCCAAGCGGCGGCAAAAAAACAGUGCUGAUUUGUCACGUCCCUAUCGAGACAGAGCUGAGUGGCUUCUCAGGUGAACGUGUCCUAAAUCAGAUCUUAUUACUAUUUUUAAUAGAAUCAAAAAUCACAAUAUUAUCCCCAUCAUCUGCACAUAUUCAUUUUAUUAUCUUGCAAUUAACCAUAUUUCUUGAUACUGGACCAAAAAAGCAAGAAUAUAGGGUUCAUAUUUUUGACUGGCGGUCAUUGUCAUGCUUUGAAUUACCAUCACCGGGUUAUAAGUGAUGCUGAACCGAGUUGUGAGUGUGAAUGCAUAGUGAAAUAGCGAGUGGCUAAACAGCUGAUCAAUAGAACUGGUGCCUAAAACCAAGAGCCUUGCAGUAAGUGUAAGCGAAGGAGGAUCUGAAUUGUUUCACACUUUAAAGAGACAUAAUUUGUCAGAGUUUGAUUCAGUGAGGCAUAUGGGGAGCUGAGGUUGAAAAUGAACGUAAAUCAGAAAGGAAACUUGUUUUUGAGAAGAUUUUUGAAUUAAAAGGGUUUUAAUUCAGAUUUAAGUGUGGUUGUAUAAAAUGGGAAACUGUGAUUGAUGUACACAAAGCUGUAUUCGCUGGCAUGCCCUCAUACUGUAUGUUGAAUAUCUACCAUCUGAAGGAUUACUUGGGUUAAAUUAUAAU